GUCUCGUGUACCUCAUCCGACAGAGUCAGCGCAAUUUAAUGCGGCGCCCAUCUUGUCGCAUAUGCAGCCCAAAUCUACGGUCCUGAUUUGACGGUGCGGUAUUAUAAUAAAGUAGCUCCAUCUCUUCAGUGCCCCCGUGAGCAAGUGGCGGUGAGCGGAUCCGCUUUCUUAAAUGCACCCAAAACCCUUCGCGGCCUAGGAAAAUAACUGCGCGGACAUGGUCCACCACGUCAUCGUGGACCCACAAAAACAUUAUUUCUCGGUAACUAGUUUCGACCUCUAUUUAUGUAUAUCUUCUCGAAGAGUGAGUUUUUAGAUUUGUUAGAUUAAAAUUUAGAGAGGAAAAAAAAAAAAAAUGUGGAAGGAACCAUCGGUCCACCGAUGACGUGGUGAAAGGUGUCUAGGGAAUUAUUUGUCCCACUUUGGCGCGAACCUGCAAGCAAUCCCUCGCCCUAAAUGCGAAUGCGAUAACCACGCCAACCAUUUUUAUAUCACAACACGAAACUCGAAUCGAUCGAAGCGAAGAGGGAUUUCGAAAAAACAAAAAAAAAGGAAAAAUAAAGAGUGCUGUGGGAGGGGGAGGAGAUCGAGAUCGAGAUCGAUGGAGAUCGAGGAGAAGGAGACUUACCGGGGCGGGUUGAAGGGCUACUGGAGGCGGCGCGCGUACCACCGACUCGACGCGGCGGGGUCGGAUCUGCGGCGGCGGCGCCGCCGCGUGGAGCGGGCGGAGCUGGGCGGCGGAGAGCGGCGGCGGCGCCCCUUCUGGCGCGUGCGGAUCGCGCCGCGGCUGCGGUUCCUGCGGUCGGCGUCGCCGCGGCGGUGGCUGGCGAAGAUCCGGGACGCGUACGUGCGGAUGAUGCUGGGGUUCGCGUCCUCGGCGGCGAUCGGGCCGGCGGGGCUGGGCUACGGCUUCGGCUUCGGCUUCGCCGGCGACCCCACCGGCGCCGCGUUCGCGCCGCAGCGGCGGAAGGAGUACGACGAGAAGGUGCUCGUGGAGAUCGUCGCCGCCGCCACCGCCGGGGUCGGAGCUGGUGUCGGUGUUGCUGUUGGUGCCGGAGCCUUGGAGAUCGUUCCCGCCGCCACUGGAAGGUAGGGGAACAUUCCGGAAGGUUCCGUUCGUCGUAUUCGGUUUUCUAGCUUUUGUUCCGUAGAUGCUUUAACUUAAUUUUACUUAUGAAAAAAUGAAAAAGAAAAAACAAAAAACUCUGUAAUGUAAGUAAACGAAGCUAUUAUUAUAAUUAAUUUAUGCUAUGCUUAUAAAUAAAUUUUUUCAAAAAAAAAUUCAUAAUCGUCAAAGUAUCUGCAAGCAUAGACAUUCUUAAA